AUAAGAGAGGGAGAGUAGUUUAGGCAAGUAGUUUUUCUGUCAAAACUGUUAUGUGUGUGGGUUUCUUGCUAUUGAAGCUCAAAAGAAACAAAGAUGGGGAUUUAGGCGUGCACAUUGUGAAGAACCUGUGCAUAGUUUGUAAACCUUAUGGCAGUUAAAAUGUUGUAAAUAUCAGAGGGAUUGCUUAAUGUGGAAGGAAUGUGCUGAGCAAAGAACAUGCAUCCCAGGAAGGGAAGAAUGAGAUCACUAAAAUGAUGUAAACAGUGACUGAGUUAGGACUAGAAAGGUUAGAGACAGGCGGGAAUCUAUUUUGAAGAAAGGCAAGGACUGUGUGGUUCCAGAGAUCUGAAAGCCAGGAGUAGGAUUGAUCAGCAAUGUUUUGAUUAGAAAAUCAAUCAUGCUUCUUCCUAAGAGCAGCAUGGCCAGCAGGACCAGCACAGUGACUGCCAAUGCUGAGGCCACACCUUGAGUGCUGUGUCCAGUUCUGGGCCUUCAUGACAAGAGGGACAUUGAGGGACUCCCUGACAUGGAGGAGCUCCCAGCUGCCAUGUCUGCUGCUGGAUACCAUAAUAACUCUAGGCCAGAUCUCCCGCUUUAUAAAUAUGCUCCGGUGUUCCAGUGCACCACCGCCCUCAUGUGAAAACUACUGCGAGAAGAGUACCGAUUCAGGUGGAAUUCUUUGGAUUUGUUUGGGCAUAGGGUUGAUUUUAAUACUCACUCUGUUCACCUUAAUGGUCUUGUUUAAAUGGAAGCACCUAAAGCAACUAAAAGAAAAACUGGAAAACACAGACUCCUCUGUGGAGCUGAAUACUAUUCUCAAGGCUCAUACUGAAAGCAGUGGGAAUACGGAAGAAAUUAGACACACACUUCCAAGAGAAACGUUAAUGUAUUCAGUGGAAGAAUGCACUUGCAGUGACUGUGGCUUGGUAAAACCUCAGACUGUCUGUGAAACUUCAUUUCCAUUACCAGCUACUGAAGAACGAGCUACUGUUCUAGUUACCACCAAAUCUUUUGAUUAUUACAACUAUGUUCUGGGUGUUGGAUGACUGGGAGAGAAGUGUAUUUGUACUGAGUAAUAAUAAAUAAGUUUUUCCAGUAUUGCUGUCAACCUCAAUACUUGCAAUCAGUGGAGAAGGUAAUAUAUCAUCCUUAGAGAUCUCCCAUUGUGCUUGCAUUAAUAUUGUUAUUAUAUUAUUAACAUAUAUAUAAUACAUAUUAUAUAUGUAUUAAUAUUAAUAUUAUUUCUAAUUCUAGUAUUUAGUCAAGUAUUUCUACAUUAUUCUCAGGCAUGCAACUAGUUAUUGGCAUUUUUAAUUUCAGAAAGUCCUUACAUAUGACAGCUUUUUCUGCCUUUAGAGAUUGUACUUACUUACAGCAGACAUAUACAAAAUAAACAAGUUUCCAAAUAUAUAUGUUCAUAUUAGACUCAGAUCUUGUGCCAAAGAUUUCUUGAUGGUACACAAGGACUGUUCUAAGAAGCAGAAAUGAAGACCUAUACUACAUCCCCAGUCUUGAAAAGAGUAAGUUCAACACUUGAAACAGGAAUGUUCUAAAGAUGAAUACC